CCAAAGCCUCCACGACAACCACCGUGGCUUCGAACCGCCACGACUGCCACGUAAGCACAACCUACAACGACCACGUAUCAACCUCAAUACCCACAUUCCACCCACGCAAACGAGAUUUAUACCGUCAUCAUCUGUAGGAGAUUUGUAUAAAUCAGAACCCCAAUGUCGUGUUCAUCAGUUCGUGUCUUCAACAACCUUAUCGCUCAAAGAUUUCUUAUCAUCCCUUCAAGAACCCUUUCAAAUUCUCUGUCAAUUUCAUCUGUUUCUUCAAUUUCUAAUCCAACAGGCUUAAAAAGAUCUUGGCUUUCUACAAGAUUUUGUGGUACCAACAGAACCCUAGUGUGGGGUACAAGAUCAUUUCAAUCUAUGGCGACUCAAUCGAAGCAAUCUGUUUAUGAUUUCACUGUUAAGGAUGCAAAGGGCCAAGAAGUGGAUCUUAGCAAGUUCAGGGGAAAAGUCUUGUUGAUUGUUAAUGUUGCAUCACAAUGUGGGUUCACAAAUUCUAACUACCCUGAGCUGACAACCUUGUACCAGAAGUACAAGGAUCAAGGUCUUGAGAUACUUGCAUUUCCAUCCAAUCAGUUUAAUGGGCAAGAACCAGGAACUAAUGAUGAGAUCCAAGAGUUUGUUUGCACUCGCUUUAAAGCCGAGUAUCCCGUCUUUGCCAAGGUUGAUGUGAACGGCAAAAAGGCCGAACCGCUGUACGAUUUCUUGAAAUCAAGCAAAGGAGGGCUUCUUGGUGACAGCAUCAAGUGGAACUUCACUAAAUUUCUGGUUGAUAGAGAGGGAAAAGUAGUUGACCGUUAUGCUCCAACCACCACUCCUCUCAGCAUUGAGAAGGAUAUAAAGAAGCUGCUUGGGGUUGCUUAAGUGUUGCUGCACUCAUGUGCUCUUGUUUGGUUUUAUGUGAUUUCCAGCUUUGAACUUUUAUCUUCUGAACCUAGUUUAUAUAGAAGCUAAGUUUGUAGUAAUAAAACAACAUUUUACAUGUUUGGUAAAGAGAUCUGUUUGAAUAUGAUCAAUAUCAUUGUUUUUAAA